UCCUCCCGGAAGUGAGGGAGAGCAGAAGUUCGUCCUGGGAGCUAGACAACUUAACACAAGUCGGAAAGACCCCAUAGCUUGCUUACAACGCACGCUAGUUUGUCAUCAUGUCUGUCCCUUUGACAUUCGAAGGAAAAGUUGUGCUUGUCACGGGAGCGGGUGGAGGUCUCGGUCGGGAGUAUGCCUUGGCAUUUGGAGCCAGAGGAGCCUCGGUUGUUGUAAAUGACCUUGGGGGGGACAUCAAGGGGGGGGGGAAUAGCUCUGCUGCUGCUGAUAAAGUCGUGGAAGAGAUAAAAGCCCUGGGUGGGCAGGCUGUUGCCAACUACGAUUCUGUGGAAGACGGAGAGAAGCUUGUUCAGAGUGCUCUGGAUGCGUUUGGGAGGAUAGAUAUCGUGGUAAACAACGCAGGGAUUCUACGGGAUCGCUCCUUUGGCAGGACCAGUGAUUUGGAUUGGGACCUCAUCCACAGAGUUCACCUGAGAGGGUCUUUUAUGGUCACAAGAGCCGCCUGGAACCACAUGAAGAACCAGAAGUUCGGGAGGAUCAUCAUGACGUCGUCUGCGGCUGGGAUCUACGGGAACUUCGGCCAGGCCAACUACAGCGCGGCCAAGCUGGGCAUGCUGGGCCUGGCCAACACGCUGGCCAUCGAGGGGAGCAAGUACAACAUCCACUGCAACACCAUCGCCCCCACCGCAGGGUCCCGCCUCACCCAGACCGUCAUGCCCCCUGACCUGCUGGAGUCUCUGAAGGCGGAGUACGUAGCGCCCCUGGUGGUUUGGCUGUGUCACGACGAGUGCCAGGAGACCGGAGGCCUGUUUGAGGUUGGAGCUGGCUGGAUCGGGAAACUGCGCUGGGAGCGUUCUCAGGGCCGGACCGUGAGGCAGAAGAACCAGAGCAUGUCUCCUGAGGGGGUUAGAGAACAGUGGGAGCAGAUCUGUGACUUCACCAACGCCACCAAGCCUGCUAACAUCCAGGAGUCUAUCAACACGCUGGUAGAGGUGCUGUCCAAGCUCGAGUCGGAUGAGGGCGUAGCCCCCAACCCCACCUCCGCCCCGAGCCUGGUGCGCCCCAACCCCACCGCCUCUCCCUCUGUGUCUACAGGGAUCAAUCCUGCAGAGGCGGUGGGCCAGAAGCUCCCGGAGACGAGCUUCUCCUUCUCCCAGUCCCAGUGCAUCCUGUACGCCCUGGGGGUGGGCAUGUCCACCAGCGACCCUGACCAGCUGCACUUCCUGUACGAGGGCCACCAGGACUUUAGCUGCCUGCCCUCCUUCGGGGUGAUCCCUGCCCAGGCGGCCAUGAUGGACGGAGGGCUGGACUCAGUACCGGGCCUGGCCUUCGACUUCACAAGGCUGCUUCAUGGUGAGCAGUAUCUGGAGUUGUUCAAACCUCUGCCCACCUCAGGAACCCUGACCUCCCAGGCCACCAUAGCUGAUGUUCUGGACAAGGGGUCUGGAGCCGUCAUCCUCCUGGAUGUGAACACGUACAGUGGAGGGGAGCUGCUGUGCUUCAACCAGUUCUCAUUGUUCAUCGUCGGUGCCGGAGGCUUCGGGGGGAAGAGGGCGUCAGACAAAGCCAAGCCCACAGCAGCACCCCCAGUCAGAGCUCCCGAUGCAGUGAUGACAGACCAGACCACCAGAGACCAGGCUGCCCUGUAUCGUCUGAGUGGAGACUGGAACCCUCUCCACAUCGACCCCAGCUUCGCUGCCAUGGGAGGGUUCCAGACUCCCAUCCUACACGGCCUGUGCUCGUUCGGCUUCGCUGCCAGACACGUCCUGAAGCAGUAUGGCAACAACGACCCUGCCAGGGUCAAGGCCAUCAAGGUGCGUUUUGUGAAGCCUGUCCUGCCAGGUCAGUCCUUACAGACAGAGAUGUGGAAGGAGGGAGACAGGAUCCACAUCCAGUGCAAGGUGGAGGAGACAGGUGCUCUGGUGCUGACUGGAGCCUAUGUAGACCUCCACCCUGCAGCUGACACCUCUGCUGAUCCCCCCGCCCAGACAGGAAGUCUGCAGAGCGAGCUGGUGUUUGCUGAGAUCGGCCGGAGGAUCGAGGCUCAGGGGGCGGAGCUGGUGAAGAAAGUCAACGCUGUGUUUGGCUGGGAGAUCACCAAGGAUGGACAGACCACAGCACAGUGGACUAUAGACCUGAGGAGUGGCUCAGGGGCGCUGCACCAGGGUCCCUACAGCGGCAAGACAGACGUGACCAUCACCGUGUCUGACGAGGACUUCAUGGAGGUGGUCCAGGGCAAACUCAACCCUCAGAAGGCGUUCUUUUCUGGGAAGCUGAAGAUGAGAGGAAACAUCAUGCUGAGCCAGAAGCUGGAAGUCAUCCUCAAAGACCACGCCAAGCUGUGAGCCCGGCCAAUCAGCAUGCAGGGGAGGGACAAUGUCUGGGUCCGCCUCCUCUCCCACAUGGAAACAACAUCUCUACCCAGCUCUGGAUACAGCAUCUUAACAUCUGCCUGGGAAAGCAAUCAUACACCCUCUCCCCCCAGGUCCUUAGUCCUCAUACUGUGUCGUACAGUCCCAAACAGAGGGGAGAGGAUGCUGCUUUAAACUAUUGAGACUCACCCAUCCCCCCCGCCCCCCAGCUCAUUGAGGUGGCAGUAAUUGCACUAAUCUGACCUGUCCAGUUGUGUUCUACAUCAGUAGGAGCAAAAUGACAGAA